UGUGUAAUUUUUUACUUUACUCCCAGUUUCUUAUGCAGAGACAGCUAUAAGUAAAGCAUUGACUAGUUAAGUCCCCGUUUUAUGGCACUAUCAAAACAUGGCUUUGUUGGUUUGAGCAGCCUGACAUAGCAACAUUGGCUUGAUGAAUGGUGUGGGUUUGGGGUAGAGCUAUCUGUUCUGCUGACCAGUGGUUAACGGGGAGGGUUUAAUGACAGUAAUUACACAUUUCACCAUUAAACCUUUUUGAUGUCUUUGUAAAUAAUAGGCAAGGUUUUUUUUUAUGUAUUACUGAGCUUAAAGGUUUUACACUUAAUGACACAUGUGCACGUGUUCUUGCAUGCUUAUCUCACAAGCAGCACAUGCCAAAGAAUGAAAGGUGAAAUGCAAAGAAAUUGUUUUCUUUUUUUUGAUAGUACAUUUUAUGGACAAAAGUAUUGGGACACAUAGGGCUGUCAAAAUUACUAAAAUAAAUGUAUUUAAUGUGAAUUAGGCAUCUCUCCUCAGGCCACAAGAGGGCGCAUUUAGCAAAAUAUUACACACAAUUAUCACAAUUAAAAAGUGCAUAAUGUUUAAAAUAUUGAUUGUAAACCAUAUAUAAUUAAUUAAAUUGCUUAAACAAUUAGAAAAGAAAAACAGCACUGUAUAACUGAAAAAAAGACCAAAAACCAACCACAAAGAGUAGGCUACUUUUUUUUAUAUUUAAAAACUUAAAAUGCAGUAGGAUGGGGAAAGAACAUUGUGAGACACGUUUUUUAAAAACUGAACUUACAUUAAUUUUACAUGGCUUUCUAAGACGAGAAUGCAACGGUGAUGGAUAUCGAUCUAGAAAAUGUUAUAUGUUUUUAGUUUCACUGUAAACAACAACACCUCCAAAAUGAUGCUUUCGUUCAAUGAAUUUUGAAGCAGCAAAAUGCCGAUAUUGCUGCCUAACAAACACCUAAUGUAAUGUUUUGCAUUCGAAGGUGGGGUUUUUUUUUAAUUCAGUGAAAAAAAACAAACCCAAAAAUGAGCAAAUCAAUACUUCAUGAACUUCUAUCCCUUCUAGAGACCCUACGAUCAGUUGUGAUAGUUCAGAAACGGCAGCAACUCGAAGCAGUAUACCAUAUAAAGUCAAAACCAAUAGCUGAAGAGAUCCAAACUUCCACUGGUGUUAAUAUCACCACAAACUCUUUGCAGUGGAAACUUUAUGGAAUGGGUUUCCAUACACAAGCAACUGCAUGCAAGCCUCUGGAAAGAUCCCUGACCCCAACUCCACUGAACAAAUUUAGGAUAAACUGGAACAUUGAGAGCUAGGUGUAUGACCUCUCAAACGCUCUACUGGAUGAAUGGGCAAGAAUUCAGAAACACUCCAAGAUUUUAUGGAAUUCCUGACUAGAAGAGCAACUCCAUAUAAAUAGAUCUGUGUUUGGAUGUACGUAUGUGUGCAUUUAUUUAGGUUAGGUCAGGUGUUCCAAUACUUUUGUCCAUAAAGUGUAUCUGCUAAUAGGGGAUUUCAUUCUCUACUAUCCCAAUAAAGAUCUUUUAAAUACUUACUGCACAGUAAACACAUGAUUAUGUGAGGUUCUAUGGCAAAACACACAUUCAACUACUUGAUGUUCAUUUACAUUUUAUGCCCACUGAUUUUCUCCAAAACAAAGACCUCUUUGUGUGACUUCAUUGAAAAUCACUGCAGUGUUUCAGUGGCAAAACAGUCUUGGUGGUCACACAUAAGGAAAAGCACUUGAAUUUUAGCAAGUCUUCCUUGCUUAUGUACUUUCUUGCUUAUUUUUUAAUAGCUGUUCCGGGUAAAACUGCAGUAACAAUGUUUGAGACAGUAAAAACUGCCCAUUUAGACGGUUGAUUGAUGAAUGAUUUAUGAGAAUGCUGCUUCAGGAUAUGAAUCUGCAGUGCGCUGCUUGAUUGCCAGUUGUCGUGGCUGUGAGUAAGUGUAACUUCUUACACAAAGACAGACAUCUCAUUGUAAAAAUGGUGAUGUCAGCCAUUUUUAAUAACCUCUCAAUCAAAUGUUUGUCAAAGCAGAACCAAAUUCUCUGCAAGGUGUUGAUGCUUUAACCAUCACUUGGGUUUUCUGGGUGUCUUUUCGGGCCUUGUUCACACUGGCGGCCCAAAUGUGUGUGCAUUUAGUUUUUUUAAGCACAAAUGCUAUGUUGUGUAUAUAGGCAAAAAUCUAAUUCCCAGCUCUCACUUUUAAUCGUUUGCUGCAUCUGGUUGGGAAAAUGACAGUGAGUUAAUUAAAUGUGGUGUUUGAACAGUCUUUCUUUCUGCAAGUAAGACUUUACUAUAGCUCUAGUUUGUCAUAUUGGAAGGCUUAUGUGUUUAAAAAAAAAACUUCAGUAAUGUUCUCUCCCAAAAUAACCUUUUAAUUCUUGUUAAAAAUGUAACUACACUUGGUAAUAGUGCUUUGUGGUUUUGGUGUACUGAGGGAUUGUAAUCACAUUGUUUUGAUCAUAUCUAAUAAGUGAGCAACAGUUUCGUUCUGUUGGUAAGUGUAUGUCUUUUUACUUCAGCAUGUCUUUUUUUAAAUAUUUAAUUAGCCUUUGAAUGUCAUAGUUUCUGUCUAGCUGAAACUAUAUAUUGUUCAGUGCUUGUUUUUUUCAUUUAAAUUUUUAAUUUCUACAAUAAUGGUUGUGUUUUGUUUUUGUUAUUUUUACCCUUUUUUCAAAAUUGCUUUUUGUACAAUCUUAUGUAGGCUAUGUUUUUUAAACAUGGUACGUAGGAGUGAACUUAUGUAAUCUUAUGUAUUGAGGGUACAGCAUGCAUUAAGAAUAGCUUUUACAUAUACGUUUCUUAAUGUAAUAUUUGUGUGCAAAGGCAUCGGAUAGUGCCCUGCAUGUUAAAAUAGUAGGUCCAGAACAAACAAAAAAAUCCUUAUACAGUAAUUUAUUAAUCCCAAUAUCAUCCAAAAUGUUCAUGUCUUUCUUUCUUCAGUUGAAAAUAAAAUAAGGUCUUUGAGGAAAGAGAAGGGCUCUGCACAAUCCCAGCUGAGGAAUUAGGAUCUUAUCUAGUGAAACAAUCUUGUCAUUUUAGAAAGGUCACGAGAGACAUUAGCAAAAGUGCCAACCAGAAUUUACAUUUUUAUUUUGAAGAAAAUGACAGAUGAUUUUCAUAGCCCUUCAAAGCUGUAAUGAAAUGAGGGCCCUCAACCCUUUCACCCUUAAAGUCCACUAUAUGGAGAAAAAUCCUGGAAUGUUGCCCUCAAACAAAAACCUUUUAGAAGAAUUUCUUUUAGAAGAAACUAAGACAUGAACUGGAAGAUAUGGGGGUGAGUAAAUUUUUAUUCUGUAAACUAAUCUUUUAAAGAGAAUCAUAAAUUUAAUUUUAUUUAUUUAUUUUGACAAACAUGGCUGUAAGACUUCAUGCAAUAAUUGAGAGUUAUUUGUGGUCAUUUAUUUCAUAUGUAUAUAUUACCUUACCAAUUAUGGAUUAUUAGUAUUAUAGAGUAUUAUAAGUCGCUUUAAAUAAAAGGGUCUGCAAAAUGAUUAAAUGUAAAUAAAUGUUAAUAAAUUUCAGAGAGAUUGAGUGAAUAAUUACAAACAUCACAUGUUAAGACUAUGGAGAAAUUUGCACUUUAGAGUUAAUUAAGCGAGAUUUUAAAGUUUAACUAGUUGACUUUAGUAGAAUGCAGUCACUUUAUACUCUCUUAAUAUAUUUUUACGUAACUGAGAACUCUCUAAACCAUUCACUGAUAAAUGGAGCUGUUGUGUAAUUGCUCAUGUUUCUUUUUUGUAGCCUUUUUCCAGGACGCUAACAAACUGCUCCUGAACGAACGAGCUAACUGGGUGCAUCUAAAGGAGUUUGCCCGUAAAAAUGCUGCCAACGCUCUUUCUGUUGCCAACAUGCUCAUGGGCAUGGCCUCAAUCCUCUGCAGUCUCAAUGGCCAUCAUCAUGCCGCGUGCUGGCUGGUUCUGAUCGGUUACCUGCUGGAUUUGGCAGAUGGAGCAGUUGCUAGGCGACUAAACGCAUGUUCUGCAUUGGGUGCAAAGUUGGACGAUUUUGCUGAUUUCACAACAUUUGGAAUAGCAACAUCUCUCAUCUUAAGGACACCCAGUCUUUUGGAUAACAUCCUGUGCAUGUUGUAUGUGAUGUCUGUCUAUACUCGUCUCUGCUUCUUCUCUAGCGGAAUCCCAUUCAUGUACCGUGGCUUACCAUGCAUCUACUCCUCUGCCAUCCUGGUGUGUGUUUCUCUGCUGACCGGAGGAAAUAUGGCAGUACUGAGAAUCCUAGCAGUGGCCAUGAUUCUCUUCAUGGUCAGUCAGAACUUCUACCCACAUGACAGAGUGCUGGAGUCUCAGGCCUGGAAGAAGGUGGUGUACAUCGGAGGAGUUGCCAUGGUGUUUUGCUCCUCCUUCCCUCCAGCGUGUGUUUACUACUUGUUAUGGUCAAUUUCCUACAUAUUGUUUCCAACAACUCUGUGGAGCAGCAAAGUGUAAAAGGUUAAGGAGUCCCUUUCUGCUUCCUGUUAAGGAAUAUCCAACCAAUUUAGAAACCUGGAAAACAAUUUUUAAGUCAUUUUUGUUUUGAAGUGAUGAACUUCAUGAAAUCGACAUGAUCUAGGAGGCUUUCGGACAUUUCUUGCUGUUGUUUCAUCUCUAAGGAUGAGAAACGCUCUUCACCUCUGCUUCAUGUAUUGUCAUGUGUUUGCAUGGCAUGUUGACAGAGACACAGUAGAUGGUCUUGCAUACAGUAUGUGUGGUGCUUGUUGCACAGUUCUGCCUAAAUGAAUCUAAAAGGCAAAGUAGAAAUUGUAAAAAAAAAAAAAAAUUGCUGUGGAAUUUAUACUUGUAGUAUUACUGCUUUUUGGUUAAGAAACCAAAAAAAUCAAACAGUGUUUUCACAACUCAAUCAUAAUCAAAUUUUCUGCUUAAUUAUUUAAAAAAAUAAUGACCAUAAGAGAAUUUUAUGCAUAUGAUCUGUGUAAUUUCAUGUAAAAACACUCCAGUAUGAUUAAGGUAGUGGCUAUUAUCAUAUACUGUAGCUUAUCUUUUGCCUGGUUAAUGUGUGACUUGUCCCAUAGAAUAUUAGGUGGGCCUUCGAAACAAAUGCCUCGUAACAGUAUGACGGUUGAUUUAAUUUUGAUAAAUGAGUUUAUUUGUACCAUUUAACCUCUGUUUUAAGGGGUUCUGCAUCCUGACUCACGGUUGUCAGUAAUUGCUUGUGUUUAGCGAAUGAUCUUCCAUUGAGUUUGCUAUGUACUGUUCACGGGUUCAGUGGAAAGUUGAUACCCUGCAACAUAACAGUAUUGAGGCAUUAUUUUGUGUUCUGUGCACCACUUGUGGUUGCAUUUGAUUAAAAUGUAGUGGUGUUAAGAAAAAAA